AUGACCGUCGAGGCCGCUGCAUCUCCCAUUCCCAUCCCUGAUCUCACCAAGAUCACCACCGAGGCUUGUGCCGAGGCUCUCAAGAACAGCAAGGGCUACGAACACGAUGCCGUCGGCACAUGGAACACCGAGAUCAUUGUCAGUAUUCUGUCGCAACACAUGCGUAAAUUGCGAGCGCAAUCUCUAACAAUGUCCACGCAGAACACUGUCCUCAAAGCUUUGAUCUCCGCCACCACCCCCGAGGCCUCCAAGCCCCCUCCCUACCGCUUCACUGUCAACAGCACUAUUGUCCAGCAGGGUGUGAUCGACGAGUCUGCUGCCGCUGAGGGCGCGCUCAGCAACGCUGGCAAGCGCGGUAUGCACUCGGCCUCUGGUGCUUUCUGGGAUGUCAACAAGGAUGGCAUGUGGACUUUCAAGUACGAAGGUGCUGAGGACCGUGGCCUAGAUGUUGUUGUUUGCGUUACCUGGUUCUCCGUGGUAUAA